AUGUUAACAGAGUCUCAAAUUCAUAAGGAGAAUGAUGAUGUGACCCUUGAGAAUAAUCCAGUGAGUGAUGAUGAUAAUUUCCAUGAACAUGUUGAGGUUAAUAUUGUUGUAGCCUGUGGUGGUGGUGUUAAUAACCAUGAUGAGAAACUAAAAUUUUCAUUAAAAGGAAAGAAGGAUCAAGCAGUAGAAGACAUGGGGGAAAAUUUGAGACAUUGUGUGAAGAUGUGGCAAGAUGUUAGCAAUUAUGUCAAUGAGAAGGAUGGUGUCAUUAAGAAGGAUGAUUAUGAGGAAGUCAUUAUGGAUGCUACUACUUAUAUCAAUAAUAUGGAGGAUGUCAAUCUGGAAGAAAAUGAGAAUAUGAUGAUAGUUCACAUUCAUGUUGAAGACACUGUUGUGUAG